UGCGCAACGGACCGGAUGCUGCGGCGACUGCCACCUUCCGCGGGGGCCCGCAGCUGCUGGAACGAUCAGCCGCGGUCGCACAUUAGUGCAGCAGCCAUGCGGAACGCCGGAUCGGGUCGAGCGGUCGCCUUCGGCCUGUUGGCGCUGGCGGCGUUGGCCACAGCGGCGUCGUCAGGUUGCGUGAAGUCGGCAGCAUCUGCAGGAGCCGCUAAAGCUGCGGCUAGUGAGGAGGAGGAUGCGCCGUCCGGUGGCGGAAUGUACUUAGUGCCGCGUCUGGGCAAGAACCCAGUACUGGGGCCAGUCACGGGCGCGCCGCCCGGCAAGCUGGACCACGUCCCUCUCUCCGCGCCGUCUGUCUCCGUUCGCAGGAAAGAUGAGCCGGUGACGCAGCCGAGACUGCCGGAGAAGAGGUCUGUGGCGGACGCGCCGCCUGAGGAGGACAGGGAGACCUACUACAGGGCGCUCGCAGACGCGGCCCAGAGGCACCCUAGACGCCGGCACCCGCGCCUCGGCAGCCUCUCGCAGAUGCAGGCCGGCGUCCGCUGAAGCGGCUCUCUCUCCCACUGGCUUCUACUGGGGCAAUCGACCUUUCUUCGUUUCGCUUUAUUAAUCGAUACCGUCGCUUACAUCGACACUAACUUUCAUCGAAUAAUAAUUUCUAUACCACGACUGACGUAGAGUUUUCAUUAACGAAUGUGUUCACUUGUACUAAGACCACGCUGAAGGAAUGGUUCUGUUAGCAAUCCACUAAACACUUAAUGAAAUAAUCUUCUCGGUGUUACGCUGUAUCUUUUAAUUCAUUUCUUGUGACUGUAAUGGUCGUUUUAUUGCAAAAUAAAGCAUUGAUUGUCAAGAAAGAAAGAGAAUUUAAAUAAAAAGAAAUAAAUCAGUUUA